AUGUUCAAGAUUCUCUGCUUGCUCGCAGUUAUCGCUGCAGUUGCCGCCAUGCCGCAUGCGGCUGAACAAGUCUCGGACAGCGCUGAGGCUUCUCCGUCGUUGGUUGAAGCACGUGAAUCAAAAGUGGCCGGACUUCUGGCAGGCGAGCAAAAUUUGAACGCUGAUGAGGAUGCCGGUGACAUGGCUCAAGACGACAUGGAUAGGGCAGAAUCGUUCGGUUACGGUUAUCGCAGAAUAAUUCACGUCUACCCUGGUUACUAUUCACAUUAUCAUCACUACCCUCGGUACUUCUACCACUACCCUCGGCACUACUACAGCCAUUAUGGACACUAUUGGUAA